AUGCAGUCGGUUGGCGAUACAGAACAACAGUUGACAGCUACUGAUCCUUUAAGCAGUAGUAAUUCAUCAACAAAACAUCACAAUUCUGAUGCGCCGGAUAGUACCAGCACUAAUGGAGAAGAAAACAAGGAAACGAAACGAGUUAAUAGAGAAACAAGUGAUGAUGAAAAGUCUCAAAAAAUACCGCCGACAACAACAUCACAGGUUGAAACGCCAUUAGAUAAUAAUACCAGUGAAGCUAAGAAUGGAACAUCGGCUAGUAAUGAUUCUGAUCAACAAGGUACUAACACCAGUCAAACAGCAACUGAUUCUAAACUAAAAACGGUCACUGAAGAAGAUAACACUACAUCAGAUAAACGAAAUACUGUUGAAAGUGAUCCGCCCAAACAAGAACAACCAUCAUCAACUUCGUCAUCUGCUGUGGAAAUGAAAACAAGUGAUAGUGAUAAAGCAACAACAAAUAAUGAAUCAGAAACAAAAAGUUCAAAGGCUGAAAAUGAAGAUGUAGAAAAAAAGCAAGCUACUGAUGAAAAGACUCAAGUGUCUGACACAAAUGAGGUUACAAGUUCAUUGGUUCUCAACUUUAGCGGUGAAACAAAAAACGCUGCAGCCACUGAAGAGCAGAACGAGGCAACAUCAAAAGACACAGAACAAACAAAAAAUAAAGAAAGCAAUAAUACUCGUGGUAGUGGUCGUCAACCAAGUCGAAGAAAACCAGCAGCAUCUUCAUCGGCUGAAACUGCCGUAUCAACAAGCGAUACAAAAGCUCAGGAAGAUACAACAAAACUAACGACAACAAAUGAAGAAUCAUCAUCGCCUCCAAAACGUUCGCGUCAAGCGAAAACAAUUGCAAAAAAUGCUAUUACGGCAGCUGAAAACACAAAUUCAACAUCAGGUAGUAGUAAUAAUGAAGAUGAUCCACUUGAUCUAACCGAUCAUGAUGUUGUUAUUUAUCAAAGUGAAGAUGAAGAGGAGGACGAUUAUAAUCAGAAGAAAAAGUCAUCCAAAUCAAAACAUUGGAAAACAUCUUCAACAACACCAAGUGCUUCGAGUACAAAUACUACUUCACGUACAAAGAAACGUCGUGCAUCGUCUACCAAACGUAAAUCUCCAACGAAUGCUAAAAAAUCUCGACGUUUAUCUCCGUCAAAACAACCAAAAACGACGAUCGAUGCUAAUGUUGAUGAGUCGACACCACCAAUCUCCCCACCAAAAAAAGCAGGCAACGCUCGUAUAUCAGUAUCAAAACAAUUGAAAGUAACAUCCUUAAAUGAUUCGCCUGCAACAAAAAGUAACGAUGGAGCAUCCGGUAGCGGCGGUGAAUAUUUACGAAAAUUAAGACCAAGAAAAUGA